AUGGAUUACCAGUCUCUAGACCUAUCUGAUCAUUCUCAGGUGUACAACUACCUCACAUCGCUCAAUUUGGUGUUGUCCAACCCGCAAGAUCAGAUUGAAUUCCAGGUGCAAUUGGACCAGUUGGACGCCAUAUUCAAGUCUCUCGAAGAGUCCGAUAAACAAGAACAGAAACAUGGGUCGUUAGCCGUUUCCAAAAUGCUUGCACGCAAUUUAGUUGUGGUACUUUCUGAACUACCUCUGAAAGUCUACGACUACACAAACGGCCUUCUCAACUAUAUCAAUCUUAACGAUUCAGGGACUCUUGCUGUGUCUUCGACGGCUGCUAUAAUCCUUCUCACCGACAUAUUCGAGUCUUUUCCCGCUUCGUUAACGUCCUUGAUCAAUUUUAGUGCAACACUGAUCUACAAGAUUCUCAAAAAGAAUCCAACCAUUAGCCCCCAUUUGGUAAACUUGCUUUGCGUGGUAACCAAACACGCUACAAAAUCCGAUCUUGACGUGAAAUUCCAAGCAAAACUUUUAAAAAUUGCAACAAAAGCCCUCACACUGCAAUCAGUUGCCGACAAUACGACCACCGUCUCCAUAAAAAAGAGCUACACCCUACUCCUCAAAAACUUGCUCAUCUUGUCCGUAACAACCAACUAUGAAACUUCACUCGCCAUGUCAGUAUCGGGUUCCUCAAAACUCAAAGCAGAAUCCAUCAUGUCCACCCAACAUCAGUUCCAAUUGACACUUCUUGAAACUCACAAAAAAACGAUACAGCUCGGAUUCACCAAUUACUAUAAGGAGAUCCGAAUAGCCACGGUGGAACUUUUGGCUCAUUUGUUGCUUUCUUUAGUAGACACAGGUAAAUUCAGCCCCGUCGAGUACUUGGUGGGAGAAUACCCUCUUCCAAAGCUCAACACUUGGCAUCCCUCCUUGAACCACGAGGUCGACUUGGAUGGAGAAAAGGUCCAUGGACUCAGAAAAGAUAAAAAUUCGUUACUUGCAAGAAACAGCGAACUGAUCAUAGACGAUGAUAUCUCUCUAGGUUUACUAGGAGCAGGAUAUGUCGAAACAUUGAUUUUUUUCGUUCAGUUACAACAAUUUCAAAACCUGGAUUACGUUUCCACCAAUAUAAUUGCUAUAUUGGAUGCGGUGCUAAGCAAGUUUCGCUGUCUUAAUGACGUUCCCAAUCAUAUUCAGGACAAGCAAUGGAACACUGUUUUAGACCAUUGGCUAAGGGUGAUUGACUUUGUCCACGGGGAAAGUGGAUCCACUAGCCAGGAUCUCUUCAUGAGGUAUGUUUUUCAGAAAUUUAGCAUGGAAUCAAUUGAAGAGACAUCGAAGUCAGAACCCAAAAAAGAAGGUGCACGCUUUACAUUGAUGAGAAGCAAAACUGUUUCAAAAAGCAAGAAGAGAGAUGAGUCGGAGUCAGGAAUACUUCCGUUUCACAAUCCAUACACUUGCAGGCUCCUACUAUACAUCAUAGAAUUGUUGAUUCCUUUCGGUGUUAAUUUUAAUUCGUUGGUUCAGUCACCAGAUCAGGCCGAGGAAGAACAAUUGACCAAAAAUUCCUUUCUAAAUGAUCUUCUAUUCAAGUUGAUCAUCAACAGCAACGACUACAUUCGUACCUACUCGCUCAGCACUCUACUCAAGUAUGGCGCUACCAAUGAAGUGGAAAUUAAUCCUUUGGUACUUCGUUCUUUCGAAGGAUUGACACAUGAAUUUUCGGCUUUAGACACUCCUUCUACACAUGAGACAGCCAGCGACGAAAAAGACAAUGUCACACGUUCACUCUCGAUCAAAAUUCUCAGCUACUCGUUGUUCCUACUGUCGUUGAUCAAACAAACAGAUUCAACACUUCUACUGAAUUCUGUUGUGGCCAAGAUGUUGGGUUUCUGUACCCAGAAUUUGAAGCAAAAUACCACCCUGUCAAAAAAGAAUAUUUUGAAAAAUUCAUCGUGCUGGAUCCUUUUAACCUCGCUUGUAACGUUGUACAAGGACUCCGAAUUUGUCAAAUUGAAUUCAUCACAGUUUCUUGUGUUUUGGAAAAGUCUCUUAACUUCCCAAUUUAUGGGUCUCUCCAAAGACGAAAGUGAUGGCCCAGAAACACAAAAAGAAGUAUUAGGAAACUUACGCUUGAGAAUUCAUAGUUUGGGAUGUUUGCUCAACUACAUUGAUUCAGCCGAACUUACCCCAGAAUCAUUGAAGAACCUACACUUUCUUCUCACAAAGUCAUACAAUUAUUUGGCAUACCUAGAGAGUAACUUGGGCGACAUUGGUGCCGUUACUAAUUUUUCCAGCACCGAGUUUCAGGAAAGCAACUACAAUCCAAACUUGGUCAGCAAUACGCUCUUCUCAAAUCAUUUGUUACUCGAGACUGCUUCUAUUGAGAAUGUGUUUGUUUCGCUCAUACUUUACUCCAAGAAAAUCUUGCUUCGGUGCUUCAAUAAGCUUCUACCCUUACUCAAAAAUGAUGUCAAUUCCAGCAUGGUUGUUUUCUUGAUUAGGGUUUUCAGCGACACCAAGAUUUUCUCUCGCAUUCAAAAUAUCGAGUCGAGAGAGAAAAGCAAAUCGAAGUCAAGGCAGGAUAGAAGGACAAUCCAGGAUAAAGAGCCAUCAUUUGUCCCACUAAGUGAAGAGUAUAACUAUUCAUUUGGCGUUACCAGUAAACUACGUCCCUUUACUCCUCACUUGGACAUGAUAUUACUACCUAAUGAUAAAGAUUCUCGACCAUUGUUGGAAAGCAGUAGCUAUGAUAUCUUGGACUGGAUUGACAAGCUCGAGCUUAAUGUUUGGAAGCUGGUUGACAAUAGUGUGAAUUACGACCCUAGUGUUUUUCUUCAUGGUGACUAUUCGGCUCAGGAACAGUUUCUGACGAAUCUCCUAACUUCACUUGUCGACUACUCUAUAGAAUUGCUCCAAUCUGUGUUUCCUCAAUUGAGCUUGAAGAUCCAACACUCUUUGUUGGAGCAGAUCAGAGGGUUCAUCACUGCCAAGGAUGUGGAUGGGUUGCGAUCAAGAGCCGCUAGCAUCAAUACUGUUGUAGCUUUGCACGGUUUAGCAGCAAAUUAUUUCGACAAGGGAAAAAAGCUUGAUGGUCGUUUAGCUGAUGCGAUUGUUCAAAUAUGUGAGGUUGUGAAUACCGAAGAUCCUUCGAUGUUACUGCUCAUUACAGAAACAAUCGGCCUAGCAGUAUCCAUAUCCGUAACCCAGAAAACAGAGGAAUUGAUUGCCAAGUAUAUCAAGGUUAUUGUGAACGAUAAUGACCCCAUUGCUCGAGCAAGAUCACUAUUGAUUCUCUCCAAGAUUUACCAAUUCACCGGUCGGCAAUUUUCAGAUGUUUAUGGCGUCGUCAGUCAGUUGUUGAACGAUCCUCAUCCCAUCAUCAACCAUUUCAGCUUGAAAUCUUUGGUCAUUUUGAGUUCUGGAAGAGAUCUCCGUUCCAGAAACACAGAAAUACUACACCAACUACACGAGUGCUUCAUUAAAGACGACUUUAACAAUACUUCCAGCAAAGCUACUUCAAACAUGAGGUACCGGUUCCCGUCUGUUCAUCUCGCUGCCAACAUUUGUGAGCAAAUUGUAACAUCUUUUGGCCCUGGUUUGCACGAACUAGCGAGCGACUCGAAGGACCGUCUUGUUAGUUUGGUUGUGAGUAUUAGACACGGCAUCAAUGUUGCUUCUCAGCCAGAUGCAAUCAAAACCACCAGCAACUUUCUCUCAUUAUUACUGGAGUUGGUGAUUUUCGAUCAUAACUUUCUCUACAAGGAGCUCCUGUUUUUCACUAACUUUCUCAAUCUUAUCAUCGCUCGAAACUUGAAAACGGGUGUUGCAACAACUCCUUUAACGUCGUUCAGCGAAGAGGCUUUGUUCUCCUGCACAACUAGUAAGGCUCUUUACGAGAAAGCUUGUGGCUGUUAUGUACAAUUAUUCAAGAUUCAUGGCAUCAAAUCAUUGUCCAAGGAAACUGUCAAGCUUCUUUGGAUAUCUAUGAACUGCUUCGCCUGUGACGACCUCAAGCUACUCACCAAGCUUUGGGUCGAGUCCUCAUCUGAUAUUGAUUGGUUUGCGGUUCUCAACUCGCUAUUCAGAUACUCGUCCAAGAAGCUUCAGGGCCUGUUUAUGGAAAUAAACUACCACCAAAAGUUACUUCCAUUACUGCAAAGACAAAAGAAGGCUAACCAGCAUGUUGAGUUUCGGGAUGAAGAGAUCGAGAAUAUCGUUGCAGAAGGAGAUGAGGAUGCUGAGAAAAGCGAACCUAUCUCUUGGGAGUUCAGACUUCACAUUUUCGAACUAUUGAACCAGGUACUUCUUCAAGCAAAGACUGACGACAAAUUAUUGAAUAACUUGAAGAGUCGAAUUCAAGAUCUUAUCAAGAUAUCCUUCUUUGGUUCCACUGCCCCAACCAGUGACAUGCGACUCAAAGGUAUUGAAUUGUUGGAUCGAACUUUGAAGUUGUUUGGUCAUAUGGCAGACCCACUUUACCCAACUGUCUCUAUUUUGGAACAGCAACAAGCCCAAAUCAUUUCGGCAUUAAUGCCAUGUUUCAGCGCAGAUAGCGAUUCCAAAGUUCUCUCAGAAGCCAUCAAUGUGUCUUCAAAGUUCAUCAACCUUCCGUUGAUCAAAUUUUACUCCAAGAAGAGGAUAUUGAAUACCUUGAUAUCGUUGUUGGAGGAGAUUUCAUCAAACAAAUUCAUCAGAUUCACGUUUUUGGAAAAUAUUUCGGAGUACGGAAGAAAAUCGAUCCAGCUUUCUAUUCUCAACUGUUGGGCUCACUUACAGAUCAAUUCCGAAGAGGUGAAUGAUGCAGAAGGAAGUGAGUUGAAAGAGAUUCUCGAGAAGUAUUCCAGUAUUUUGGUACCGCUUUGGAUUCUUAUUUUGAAAGAAUACUCUCAGAUUAAACAUUCUGAGCAUGCAUCGAAAGAGCUCGCACUCUAUAACAAUUACUGGAUUAACUUCAUUAGUGUGUUGAGUUUGCAGUUGGAGUCUAACUCAUCAAAAAUGAACGAAUACCUCGGAGAGAACGAGUCAAACUUCUUCUUCAUUUUGUUCAGUUUGAGCGUUGAAACUCUCGUUAGAAACCAGAACGUGUCAGAGAUAUUAUUGUGUUUGACUCGCUUGUUCAAGAACUCAAAGCUAGUCGAGCUUCUUUUCGAUAAUGAGAUAUUCUGCGAGUUCAUUGAUCUCAUCGACAGACUCAUCUUGAUUGACCAGGGUGUUGAAGUCGAGUGUGAAAUAUCUGAGAUGAUCUACACGAUUUUCCAAAGUUACUUGAACACAAACACAGACCCAGAAGAGGGCCUCAAUAAGCUCUUUGAGUUGUUGCGUGUGAGUAUACUUCCACUUUUCAAUAUCUUGCCAUUUUUGAGAAACGACUUUGACGUCGAAGAUCCAAAUACCCGCAUGAGACUCAAGAAGUAUGACAGUGGACCAUCGUUGAUUAUCACCGGCACAUUUUUACAGAAGGUGGUAGAGAUGAUUUCAAAGUUUCCAGACAUGAUCAAAAAGGACUUGUACUCCUGUUUGUUGUUCAUCUUUGCCAAGAUCUAUGAGCAAAAGAAUCCGUUAUUGAUAGCGGUUGUUUUACCACAUUUGAAGAGCGUGAUAGUUGAGGUCAUGAAGAUUUCUGAUGAGAUGGUCAAGAGUUUCUAUUACGCUAUACACGACUACUACAACUUUGAAUCCGACAACAACGUCUGGGUAUUAUCGGCGUUGGUUUUGAUCACCACGGGAGAAGUGGAGCAUAAUGAGCAAGAGUCUAUUCUUGUUGCAAAUUCACUUUGCAACAUGAUUGACGAAGAUGAACAUACAACGCUCGCGGUUCAAGCGAUAAAGUCGUUAGUUCUGACUCCAGCAUGCCAGAACAGCUUAGUGCUCAAAAAUAUCAUCCAGACUUUACUCUUGAAAUUGUGGAACGACGAGGAAGCAGUCAGCAAACGAAAAUUACCAAUGGAGCUUCUUUUGGUAUACGCCAAAGAACAAAAGAGAGAGCCCAACAAACUCAAAAUUUUUUACGGUUUACUUGUGCCAUUGUUGCUUAAAUUUGCAAACACAGAGUUGAAAAGUUACGUGAAAGAGCGGCUCAUGGUUCUUCUUAAUAUGGAUGCUGAUGCCUUCAAACAGGCCAUUGGGUCGCUUUCUGAGCAGCAGAGACAGGCAGCAGAGAGUCUCUUGGUGUACAACGCAAACGGCAACUCGGCAGAUCUGGUGAACGAAAUCGAGUUGAAAACGUUUGGCCAAGCAUAA